AUGACCCAAAUCGCCGAACUCGCCCCAAUUUUCGAGGGCGUGUCCCUUCAACUCCCACUCAGCACACCACCCAACACUGAAUAUGACUUCCGCCAAAUCCUCACCACGACCCCAACCCACCGUGCCACAUCGACCCUUUUCCGUCGAUACACCCUCCUCCUCUCCUACCUCCUCGCCUCCUUCCCCAUCCCCUCCGAAAGCGAAGACAACAUCCCCUCGCUCACCACCCUCUGCACCAAAUCCCACCCCCACCACACAGCCGAACUCGAACUCCAGGUCAUCCAAAUCGAAAAGCGCUUCGACCAGCUGUCCACCCUCAUCACGGCCUCCAUCUCCCUCAUCAAUGGCUCCACCACCACCACCCACGAAAUCACCUGGUCCCCUCCCCCCCCUUGCAACAGCUUCCCCGACGCAGUAAAAAACUCGCUCCGCGCCCAACCAGUAGAGGUGUUCAACGCCCAGGGUGAAAAACUGCGAGUCAUGAUCGAGUUCAUGAACGACCUUCAAGAGGGCGACUUCAAAGCGAGGUAUCUCAAGCUCUGGAAGGAGAUUGACAUUCUACAAGCCAUCAUCGAGGAGUUACUCACUGUCGGUGAAGGGACGAUCGAAAUCGCAAGAGGGGAGGUUGGUUUCGCGCCUGAUGUUCUCUGCUGGGGGCUCACUGAUACUGAGCCAUCAUUGGGACGGUGUGCAGCAGAAGAAAAAGGGAGGAGGUUAAAAAGGGAGGUUGCCGCUGGGAUGAGCGAGGGGAGGAGGAAUGAUGAAAUUGUGCGGGUUCACACUUUGUUUCCCGACAAGAAUGGGGAGAGGAGAUACCAUCGCUUCACGGGGUGGUUGGUUGAUCAAAAGACUGUCAUGACGGUAGGAGCGGCGGUGUAUAACCACAAGGAGGGUUUUGCUCAGGCGGUGGAGAUUGAUGUACCCGGCUGGGAGAGGUACAGGGGCACGCACUGCGGUGUUCACUGGGCUUUCUUCGUGGUGGGGGACAAGUCGUUCGAUAUGGGGGUUAUCAGGCUUGAUCGUGAGGUGGACGGCGAGGGACCUCUCAAGCAUAGGAACCCGCCUUAUCGAGGGGAGAAAAUUACUGUUACUGUGCGGGGGCUUCUUCCUGACCGGUCGGGUCACGAGAAUGACGAAGUCCGGGAGGGGACUACGCAGGUUGUUUGUGACAUGGAGGAGAACCAGCGGUUGAUGGAUCACAACGUGGCGGUUGCUCCAUGUAGCAGCGGAAGUCCAGUGAUGGAUCAGGGAGGACAUGUCAUCGGCAUGCACCAAGGUACUGGUUACAACCGAGACGACCAGCUCGUCAACAAAGCCGUGACGUUUGACCCGUCUUCCAAUCGACCCGGGGCGUUCAAGGUUGCGAUGGAUUUUCUGGAGGAUCCCUUGAGCUGUAUGGACAAGGUUGCCAACCUGAGAGUGAAGCCGAUGAGGACGGAGCAGAUGCGGAACGGGCUCUGCCGUAUCCAGUUUCGGGGGUGGACAAAGUGGUACAAGGGAGAUAUCUGA